AUGGACGACAAACCCAUUCAGCCAGCGGAGGAUAUACUGGCCCCAGACGAGAACCAGACCGAACACGCAUAUCCAAAUUCAGACCCCGAGUCCGAUUCCGAUACUGAAUCCUUGAACGAACCAUCCAUAAAAUCCACCCGCUCCUACGCCUCCCUCACCCUCCAACACAUCCAAGAAAAUGGCCGCCGUUACGCCAACGAAACCUACUUCAUGCCCAACGACGAACCAGAACUAACCCGCCUCAACAUCGUCCACCAAAUCUACCUAAUCCUCCUCGACAACGCCCUCACAACCGCCCCACUCCCUCCAUCCCCAACUCCAACACGCAUCCUAGACAUCGGCACCGGCCCAGGCGACUGGGCCAUCGAAAUGAGCGCCGCCUACCCAACAGCCACAAUAAUCGCCUCCGACCUAACAGUCUUCGACUCGGGACUCGGCCACCUCGCCCUGCCAAACGUGGACUUUCAACUCGCCGACGCCCGCGCAGAAUGGACAUACCACGAGCCCUUCGACCUAAUUCAUCUUCGCGGGUUAUCAGGUGCCUUCCAAGACUGGGCCGCGAUAUACGCACAAGCAUUCACCCACUGUAAACCAGGCGGAUACAUCGAAGUCGCAGACACAGAUCCAGCAGCUGACACAAUCGCAUUCUCCCCGCUAAAACGACCCGGCAGUGAAGCCGAGAUCCCCGCACUACGCAAAUACACAUCCGCCCUGCGUGCCGCCGCCGAAGCUGCGGGGUAUCCACGGGACCUGGCACAUCUCAACACGGACGCACUAGCCGCAGCGGGAUUCGUGGAUGUGCGUGUUAUCGAACGAACGAUACCAAUUGGUCUAUGGCCGGAGGACGUCGCUGAGAAAACGCUCGGCAAGAUGACGCUUAUUUCGCUGUUGGAGGCGUUGGAGGGGUAUGCGUUGCGGCCGUUAACGGUGCAUGGGGGGUAUACCGUUGAUGGGGUGAAGGAGUUGUGUCAGUCUGUGAGGGGGGAGCUUUUGGGGGUUGAUGGGUUGACGGCGAAGGUUAGGAUUGUUACGGGGAGGAGGCCCGUUAGCUUUGCGCAGAAGAAGGCGGACUUGCUUGCCAAGGUUAUGGCGAGGGCGAAGCUUGUGCAGGAGAGGGCUGAAGGGUGA